CUUUUCUGACCAAUUUAAACCCCCCGACCCACCGAACCUUCACCGUCUUCUUCUUUCUCUUCCGACUUCUCUCUCUUUCGAAUUCGUCUCUCCUUGCCUUAAUAGCCCCGAACCAAACCCUAGCCCUAACCCUCCCGUCUCCAAAUCCACCAAGUCCAAUCCAAAACCCCUCUGAGAGGAUCUAGUCAAGAUCUCUCAGAGGAACCCUAGAAAUCCCCCAACUCACCGAGAACCCUAACAUUCAGAUCAUCAUCAUCAUCUCUUCUCACCCCCAAUUCCCCAAUUUUUCCCCAAAAAUUAAUUCUUGUCGGCGAUCCCUCGACCAAUCCCACCCAAAUCCGCUCCAAUUUUGCCCUUUCCGCUUUCCAAUGGGCGCCGGUAGGGUUUGCAAGGGCGGCGCCUCCGCGAGGCCCUCCUCGUCGUCGUCUUCCUCCUCUCUGGCCCCUCAGCCGCCGUCCGAGACUGCCUCCACCUCCGUGACGGAGACGGUGAACGGGUCGCAUCAGUUCAAGAUCACAGGUUAUUCGCUGUCCAAGGGCAUGGGGAUCGGCAAGUACAUCGCGUCGGACACCUUUACGGUGGGGGGAUAUGAGUGGGCCAUCUACUUCUACCCGGACGGGAAGAGCGUGGACGACGCGGCGGCGUACGUGUCGUUGUUCAUCGCCCUGGCAAGCGAGGGGACUGACGUGCGGGCGCUGUUCGAGCUGACGCUGCUGGACCAGAGCGGGAAGGAGCAGCACAAGGUCCACAGCCACUUUGGGAGGACCCUCGAGGGCGGUCCCUACACCCUUAAGUACCGUGGCAGCAUGUGGGGUUAUAAACGGUUUUUCAAAAGAACUAGCUUGGAGACAUCAGAUUAUCUUAAAGAUGAUUGCCUAUCAGUUAGUUGUAGUGUUGGUGUUGUUAGGUCACGUACAGAAGGACCCAAGAUCUACACCAUUCCAGUACCACCCUCUAACAUAGCUCAGCAUUUUGGUCAGCUUCUGGAAAGUGGAAAGGGAACUGAUGUAGCUUUUGAAGUUGAUGGGGAGAUCUUUGCUGCUCACAAAUUGGUGCUUGCAGCUAGGUCACCUGUGUUCAGGGCACAACUUUUUGGUCCAAUGAAGGACCGUAACAUGCAGUGCAUAAAGGUUGAAGAUAUGGAGGCCACUGUUUUUAAGGCUUUACUUCAUUUCAUAUACUGGGAUUCGCUACCUGACAUGGAAGAGCUUACUGGCUUGAACACAAAAUGGGCAUCCACUUUAAUGGCUCAGCAUUUGCUUGCUGCAGCAGACCGAUAUGCACUGGAGAGGCUUAAGUCACUCUGCGAAGUCAAGCUAUGUGAGGAUGUUGCCAUAAAUACAGUGGCUACCACUUUAGCUUUGGCCGAGCAGCACCACUGUUUUCAGCUUAAAGCUGUUUGUCUCAAAUUUAUUGCAUUACCUGAAAAUCUCAGAGCUGUGAUGCAGACUGAUGGGUUCGAGUAUUUGAAAGUCAGUUGCCCCUCUAUCUUGACAGAGCUCCUGGAUUAUGUGGCCAGAGUAGGAGAGCAUUCUGUCAUUCCCUGCACAUAUGCAAAUGAAGCCCUUGAUGGCAGUGAUGCCAAUGGAAGGCGUGUCAAGCCCCGGAUAUAGCAUGGUGGUGUUGUUCCCAUACCAGAAGCUAUUGGAAACUUUCUGUACUUUUAAUAUGCCUUUUUUUAAUGUAAAGAGUUUUUGGGUUUGUGGUCUUUCUAAAGUCAUGAUAUCUUCAUUGAGUCCUCUACUCUGUACCUUUACUUCAUUAAUCGCCUAUGUCAGUGAAAACAUGCUAAUGAUGUAUUUCAUUAAUGUUCUGCAGCAUGCCGUCGUGCACAGGUUU